AUGACUUCUUCUUCACAUGAUCCCACAGAUAACGAGGCUGAUGGACAGGAGCAGUCAGAAUCACAGAUGCAACCUGUAUCUGCAAAUGGAAUUUCUCACGCUGGUAUUGAUACUCAGGUUGUUCAAUACGGACCACCUCCACAGCUUGGCCCUGGACAUGCUAUGGUGCCACCUGCUUAUCCAUAUCCGGAUCCCUACUACAGAAGCAUGUUUGCUCCCUAUGAUGCACAAGCUUAUCCGCCACAGCCCUAUGGUGGACAUCCAAUGACCAAUCUUCAGCUAAUGGGAAUUCAGCAUGCUGGUGUUCCUUUGCCAACUGAUGCAGUCGAGGAGCCUGUGUUUGUCAAUGCAAAACAGUAUCAUGGUAUUUUAAGACGCAGGCAGUCUCGUGCUAAAGCUGAAUCAGAAAAGAAAGUUACAAGGAAUCGCAAGCCAUACUUGCAUGAAUCCCGACACUUGCACGCACUGAAAAGAGCAAGAGGAUGCGGAGGUCGGUUCCUGAAUUCAAAGAAAGAUGAGAAUCAACCGGACGAGGUUGGAUCAGCUGACAAUUCACAUUCCAAUAUCAAUCUCAAUUCUGAUAGAAAUGAUCUCGCACCAUCUGAUAACAAUUCUUGA